AUGCAUCUUCAAUUAUUUGCUUUAUUUGUAAUAUGUAUUACAGCAAGUUAUGCGCAAACAUUAGGUGAUAGUCCACCUAUUGUUGAUCCUGUAUUAUCAUCACUAGAGGUCAAUAAAUCAAGUACUGAUAGUACAACAACAACUACUACAUCAAAAGAUGAUGAUGAUAGUAAAGAAGUUGACAAUAAAAAUAAAAAGUUUGAUCAUGGUCAUAAGGACCAUCAUGAACAUGAGGCAACAAUAACUGUUGAUGUUCAUAAUAUUCUUGAUUUAUUCAAACAACAAUUACAACAAACUGAAAAAAAUAUUCUUGCUGCAUUAGGAAAAGAUGGUAAUUCAUCAUCAUCAUCUUCAUCAUCAUCAUCAUCAAGUGAAUCCUAUCGUACAGCUGAUCGUAAAGCUAAAAAACAAAAUAUGAAACCAAAAGAUAAUGACAAGGAUGAUGAUGAUGACGAUGAUUAA